GUGAUGGGUGCGAUGCACCUCCAUGAGCUGUCGGUCGACACGAAGCUUCCACUCGACCAUUUUGUGAUGUUCUCGUCCGUCGCAUCUCUGUUUGGCAACUUGGGGCAGUCCAACUACUCUGCGGCCAACUCGUGUCUGGACGCCCUGACUGAGUACCGCCGAUCUAAGAAGCUCGCCGCCCAGAGCAUCCAGUGGGGACCGUGGACAGAACAGGGCAUGGCGGCCGACCUCUCACAAUAUUUGGACAAGGUCGGCGUGCGCGGCAUCACCAACGAGCUCGGCCUUCGGGUGCUCGGCGACGUCAUGAGGCAUUCUGAUAGUGUGGGAGUGACGUGCUGCCAGGCUCUCGUGUGGCACACGUUCCUCUCCAAGUACGACGUCAUCCCGCCCUUCUUUGAGACGGUGGCGUCGGCUGCCACGGGAGGCGCGGCUGCAGGCGUGUCCGCCGAGCUGCGCAGCAUGGAUGCAGCGGCCCUCAAGGAGCACAUCCACAAGGCAGUCGUGGAGACGGCUGCGACGGUCCUCGGCAUGACGGAAGCGCCGCCUCUGGAUUCCCCUCUGCAGGAGCUGGGCAUCGACUCACUCGGCGCUGUCGAAUUCCGCAACGCCCUGUCCUCCAAGAUUGGCGUCAAGCUGCCCGCCACCACUCGGUUCGACUACCCGACGCUCAACGCCAUCAUUGGCUUCAUCUACAGUGAGGUCUCCGGCGGGCUGGGCCGCGAACGCCUCGACAACCCUGUCUCUUCCACGUGGAAGCGCGAGCCCUUCGUAUGGGACACUAUGGAGGUGAAAAUGCAGAAGAGGAUGCAGAAGGCUGCCAAGAGCCUUCGCCAGCGACCGGCCAAGCCCAGCGGAUCUGACGGCGAUGCCUCCACUGUCGCCUCGCCGUCAGACGAUGCCAAGGCCAUCCCUCUGGACCCUCAGGAGCUCCUCGACAUGGCGCGGCAACAGACAGGACUCGAGCAGCUGGUGGGCUCCGAGGAAGAUGUGCUCGCGGCUGCUGAUGUCUUGCUGAAGUCGGCCCUGCCGGAGGGCAAGGACAUGUCCUUCCUGGGCAAGUUCCUGCUGAGCCAAAGGGUCCGCCAGGCCUUCUGCAACCUGCUGUACAUGGCCGACAGGGCCCACAGCCACCCCGCCAUCCUUCGCCAGCAAAUAGAGCAGCCCAUCUUCGUUGUGGGCUUCGACCGAGUCUCCGUGUCACUCGUGCAGCAGUUGCUGGCCUGCGAUGAGGCCAACCGGGCACCGACAUUCAGCGAGAUGCUAUACCCAUUCGGCGAGCAGGGCGAGUACGUGCAGGGUGCAUCCCCCCAAGAGGUGAGUGAGUGGACGUACGUUAUUGAGGGCUAAAUGGUGUUCAUGUGCAUGACCUCAAUGCUGAUCGUCUGUCUGUCUGUCUGACUUGUGUCUGUCCGUCCA